AUGGAUAUUAAAGAAAUUGUUAAAACUGUCAGAGUACCAUUAAUUUCAAGGUGUGGAAAAACCUUAACUUUUUCUCAAUCUCACAAAUAUGGAAAAAGUAAGGCGCAUCAUCUUCAGAAAUCGUUUAGUCAUAGUGAUUUGAAAAAAGAAUUGGUUCGAGUAAGAACAGAAAUGAGACUCUUGGAGAAAGAAAACUCGGAGAGAGGCGAAAUGACGUCAUCUUUUAAAUGUCCGUCGAGAAAUCAAAGAGAAAGGGUAUUUUCAAGCAAGAAUGAAGAAAUUCCUCCAGCUACCAAGUAUAAUCCCCUUUUUACGCUUGUUAAGCCUAAAGUAAAAGGAGGAUACUUAGGGCGGCCAAAAAGUGCAAGUCCCAAAAAGCAAAGAAUAAAUUUGCCUAUCUGCCUAAAUCAUGAAUUAGACUGCAAAUAUCCUAUAAAGCCCGCAAUAAAAUCUUAUUCUAUUGCAAAUGGGAUGGAAUUGAGCGAAUAUGAAAACUUAAUUCAAAAGGUUUCGAGAAUAAAAAAACAUAGAACACCAGAAACUCAAAAACUGCAUACCCCAGAAGUAAAUUUCAACAAGCAAAUUGAAAGAAAAUAUAUCCCAUUAAAUUUAGUACACGAAUCUCGGUUUGAGCUUAAAAGAGAUCCAUUUCCAAGAAAUUCUUCUCCAAACUUUGCAAAAUCAUUAGAAAGGAAACAAUCUGUUGCCAAAGAUGAUUUUAGGGCUUAUCAGCCUAAGUUUGAAGCCAUCUAUAAAAAAACAACCCAAGAUAUCGACUUCAGCAAGAUGAGCCCUAGGCUCCCAACUUUUGACAUGAAAUCAAAAAACUUUGAUUAUACUGUGUCAACAGCAAUUACUAAUUAA